AGGUCCUAGCUGGCUCAUCCAGUCACAGUGCUGGGGGGCGGUGGGGACUCAGGGUCUGCAGAAAGCCCACCCCCCCCGAAUCCUCUCCUCAGUUGGAGGGGGUGAGACCUUCCUCAGGGAUGCCCCCAACCUGCCUGAAGCCAGGGAACAAUGGGAAGGACUUGAGCCCUUAGAGGUGAAAUUGACUUGAUCAGGGUCAAUUACAGUCACGUUGGCAUUCUAGGUCUAGGCCUGCGCUCAGCCCACAAGCCCUUCCCCUGCCUAGCCUCUGCCUGCAAUCCUCUGCUGGGCUGACUUUGCCCUGACAAAACAGAGGCCUCCCCUGAAAUCAUGGCAUGUAGGCCCAGUAGCCCAUCUCUGGAGGCUCCAUCUGAAUGUGCUUCAUGCACAUAAACACGUGAGUAGCCGUUGCAGGAGACGGGGGGCCCAAGUGCUGUGCAGGAUCAGGGCUAGUGUCCCCAUGAUGGGACUAAACCAAGGUCAAAGCAACUGAAAGUAAGAAUGACUUCACUGUCUGGGUCCUUUCUCUGAAAGAGACCCUGCACUAACUGUUAUAGCAACAUAGAGCUCAGUAUAGCCAGUGAUUACGUUAAAGAUCAGUUUUAAAAAGUGUCUUGAACUCGCUGUUUUCAGUAUCUCCAGUCAGUAGCUAGGGCAGCCAGCAAAAUGCUGCAGCGUUGUAACUCUCCGUUGAGCCAGGAGUCAGUUGGAUCAUCUGUUAGUGUCAAAGUUUUCAGACUUGAGGUCUCCCAGUCCCGAAAACCGUCCGUUCCGGAGAAAGCACCAGAGAAAGUUGAGGAACCGGCUCCAGUAGAGAAACCAGUAGAACCAGUCAUGGCUGAGCUCACUGUUGGAAUUAAUGGAUUUGGCCGUAUUGGGCGUCUGGUCCUCCGAGCCUGCCUGGAGAAGGGACUCAAAGUGGUGGCCAUCAAUGACCCCUUCAUUGACCUCAACUACAUGGUGUACAUGUUCAAGUAUGACUCCACUCACGGGCGCUACAGCGGCGAGGUGAAGGCUGAAGAUGGCAAGCUGGUGGUGGACGGCAGUGAGAUCUCGGUGUUCCAGUGCAUGAAGCCCAGUGAGAUUCCCUGGGGUGACGCAGGAGCUCUCUACGUUGUCGAGUCCACCGGAGUCUUCCUCAGCAUUGACAAAGCUUCGGCCCAUAUACAAGGCGGAGCCAAGCGAGUGGUGGUGAGCGCCCCCUCCCCCGAUGCUCCCAUGUUCGUCAUGGGUGUCAAUGAGGACAAGUAUGACCCAUCCAGCAUGACAAUUGUCAGCAAUGCCUCCUGCACCACCAACUGCCUGGCGCCUCUGGCCAAGGUGAUCCAUGACAACUUUGGCAUUGUGGAAGGACUCAUGACCACAGUGCAUGCCUACACUGCCACACAGAAAACUGUGGAUGGACCCUCUGCCAAGGCCUGGCGCGACGGAAGGGGCGCCCACCAGAACAUCAUCCCAGCAUCCACUGGUGCUGCCAAAGCAGUUGGCAAGGUCAUCCCAGAGCUGAACGGGAAGCUCACCGGCAUGGCGUUCCGUGUGCCUGUCUCUGACGUCUCCGUCGUGGACCUAACCUGCCGCCUUGCCAAGCCGGCGACCUAUGCUGAAAUCAAAGAGGCCAUGAAGAAGGCUUCCGAGGGCCCCAUGGCUGGGAUCCUGGGGUACACAGAAGAUGAGGUGGUCUCUUCUGAUUUCAUCGGCGACAGCCAUUCCUCCAUCUUCGACGCUGGAGCUGGGAUCUCCCUCAAUGAUAACUUUGUGAAGCUCAUUUCCUGGUAUGACAACGAAUAUGGCUACAGUAACCGCGUUGCAGACCUCCUGAGUCACAUGUACACCAAGGAGAACUGAGCGCCUGUCCCACAUACAUUCCAGGCCAUCUGAAGAAUCCGCCUCACCCCCCUCUAGACAUAUUUGGCCACGAGAUCCAUCCUAUCUUAAUGCUUCAACCACACGGCCCCAAACGCUGCGCCUCGUCUGUCCCCGUAAACCUUUGUGCGUGUCCGUGUGCGUGUGUGAAUCCUGCUCUCACAGUGGCCUGCGUGCGCCUAACCAGAAAACUGCACCAACACCUCCCCCAGGGGAAGGAGUCUAGCCCUGGGUUAGUAGUGGUCUGUGGCGGUAGUGUCAUUGAGAUUUCAUAAGUGUUGGAAAUAAAAGCCACUUAAAGUUGCGGAAA